GGUCCGGACUUCUGGGGACUGAUCAACCCUGACUGGAGUUUAUGCAGUAAGGGUCGCCGGCAGUCACCCAUCGACAUAGACCCGGCCAGGCUGCUCUAUGACCCCAACCUACGUCUUCUGCAUAUUGACAAACACAGGGUAUCGGGUUACCUUCAGAACACAGGACACAGUGUGGUGCUGACCCUGGACGGAGGCAAGAUCCCGCUCAACGUGACGGGCGGACCUCUCUCUUAUCGCUACCAGCUGACCGAGGCGCACCUCCGCUACGGCGUCGUCGACCUCCUGGGCUCUGAGCACACCAUCAACGGUAGAGCCUUCCCUGCUGAGAUCCAACUCUUCGGCUUCAACUCUCAACUCUACGCCAACUUCUCCCAAGCGCUCGACAAGGCGUACGGCAUCGUCGGCAUCUCUCUCCUUCUGCAGAUCGGUGAACGCUCCAACCCGGCCCUGAGUCAACUGACGGCAGGUGUUGACAAGAUUAAAGUUGGAGGUGAGCAGUAUAAUGUGCACCACCUGAGCAUCCAUGACCUACUGCCGCCGACCUCCUACUACAUGACCUACGAAGGCUCCACCACUAUGCCAGCCUGCCAUGAGACGGUCACCUGGGUUCUCGUUAACAAGCCCAUCUACAUCACAAAACAACAGCUGUAUGGUUUGAGGCAGCUGCGGCAGGGGGUAGAGGAGGGCCAGGAAGGAGCCCCUCUUGCUAACAACUUCAGACCGCCCCAGAAGCUUCACCACAGACCUGUCCGCACCAACAUUGAUUUCACCAACUCGGGAGGAAACUGCCCGUCCAUGCACAGAGAAGCGUACUACAAAGCUCACAACUUCACCCACGAGCACAGGACGCCCAUGACCAGCCAACACCUGGACGCUGAGUUAGCUCGUUUUCUCUGCUCAAGACCUGAGGAUCACUGAGGAGUUUUCCUACUGCUGGGGAUGUCCCACCUUCUUCUGUAUAUCCAGGUCGUCUCACGGAUGUCCUAAAUGCUUCUACGUGUUCAGGUCUCUUCCGGGAUGUCCUACACGCCGGCACGUGUCCAGGCUGCACCCGGGAUGUCCUACACGCCGGUACGUGUCCAGGCUGCCUCCAGGAUGUCCUACACGCCGGUACGUGUCCAGGCUGCCCCCGGGAUGUCCUACACGCCGGUACGUGUCCAGGCUGCCCCCGGGAUGUCCUACACGCCGGUACGUGUCCAGGCUGCCUCCGGGAUGUCCUAGCUGCCUCUAUGUAUCCAGGUCAUCUUCAAGGACAUGGACACUAGACACGGACGAGUCAAAAGUCCAUUCCCUACCACAAGCGCCAGCACGAGCAGUUAACAAUGCCUGGUUUUCUCGUCCACGCCACAGUGUCACGCUUCUGAGAGCUACAGCACCUGACCAACACAUGAUAACAAUACCACCACCAGCACGAGCAAUCGGCAGCGCCUGUCGAUCCCCUCCAUCCUUCACUGACACGCUUGUAGAAAUGACUAUGCCUGAUGGACCGUUCGCUCGCCUUGUGCUUGCACUGGCGUUUAACUUAUAUCACCGUACUGACACACGGUAAUGGAUGUUACAACGCCUGACGGAACGUUUCGCUCGCUUUCUGCCCACACCGGCGUUGGCUUCCAUCCCCGCAUUAGCAAGGUAUUGGAUGUCACAACGUCUGACGGGCCAUUUCGCCCGCCUUCUGCUCGCACUGGCGCUCAAUUACGGCACUGGAGAACACUGAGGCAGUAACACGACGGCCGCGUGUUUUGUGUGCGUGAAGGAAGAUGUUUUUAUUGUGAGAGAGAAAGUGUCGUAUGAACCUAACAAUUACAAACUCUUUAAAUAACCUGUGAAUAUGUUAAAUAUUUUACCUAUAAAUUGUGGUGGAGAAUUUCACUGACAGGAGCAGUGAAAAAAGUAAUAAUAAUUAUACAUAAAGUAACUUAGAACAACCAUCUUAUUUAUGGCUAAGAAUCAAGUGUGUGUUUUUGAUAUUUGUACUACGAUUUGUUAGGUGUAAAGUGACGAAUGAUAUUACUUGUGACCGGAGAUGAUCUCCUUUCAUAUUUUAUUACCAGUACUUGUAAAGUGUAAAGUGACAGACAAGGAAUCAAUUAUUUUUAAACAGACAUAAAACUAAGAUGUGUUUUGAUAUUUGUACUACAGUUUGUUAAGUGUUAAGUAAGGAGGUAACUACUUACUUAUGACUGAGUGUAGACCAAGAUUUAUUUUCAUAUUUGUGUCAACUUAUAAAGUAUAAAAUAUCAUGGAAACUACUUAUAUAACAUACCAGAAUGUAAACUUUACUUUCACAGCUGUAUGACGACUUGUAAAGUUUAAAGUAACGAGGAAAUUACUUACCUGACACACUUAAACAUUCACUCUACUUCAACAUUUAUAUCAUGACUCAUAAAGUGUAAAGUGACGACAAAACUACUUAUUAAGACGCUAGAAUUUAAGAUAUACAUUUUGAUACUUGUUCUUAUAACAGAGUAAAGUGACCAAUGUUGUGACGUAAAGGACAAUAACAAUGGUACUGUCUUGGGUAAGUCAACACACAGCUCACACAUAUUGCUCAACUUUGACGCCAGAUUGAUAACGUAAACACGCCUAAACCUUAAUUACAUAUCCUGUGUUAACAAUUUGACCUACAGAUUAUAAAUUAUAUUGAGUUACCGUAUUAUAGGGUAUCUUCGCUUAACGUCGUAUAUAUAUGUUCUUCAUAAGUGCGACAUUGAACGAAAUGACACAGAAUUAAUCCAUUUUCCACGUAAGAAAUAAACUAAUAAAAUAAAGAUAAGUUCUUGUAAUAAAAAAAAAUUAUCACCAUAUAUAAUGACGUUGUGGAAUACUUAUUGAAAUCAACUUGAAUUAACUUGAAUUGCAAUAUUUAGAAGUGUCACCCAACUUAAUUAUCGGUCAUAACCACAAUGUUAAAGUGAGUUCUGUAAGUGAAUGUUAUUUUCGGUGACAGCGGAGGAAUGGUUCCAGUAUGAUAGUCUAAGUCACGGAACAGUGUUGUAAUUUGACCUAAGUUAUUUAAUGAAGUCAUCAGAUGUGUUAAAAUGACCUUGGGCGUAAAUAAAGUUAAAUAGAGAGAGAGAGAGAGCGGGGGAAGAGGCGUGCAUAUUUAGGUAGAGAGAGAGACAGCAGGAGGUGGAGAUAAAGAAGGGGAGUUAGAGAGAGAGAAAGAGGAAGAGAGCCAGCAGGAAAUAGAGAUAGAAAAUGACAGCAGGAGAUAGAAAGAAAGACAGCAGGAGAUAGAGAGAAAGAGGGACGGCAGGAUGUAGAGAAGGAGAGACAUCGAUAGAUAGAGAGUGAGUCAGCAGGAAAUAGAGAUUGAAAGAGAGACUGCAGUUAAUAGAGAUAGUGAGACAACGGGAGAUAGAAAGAGACACAGACAGCAAGAGAUAGAGAGAGAGAGAGAGAGAGAGAGAGAGAGAGAGAGAGAGAG